CCGGGACCUUUGAGCCUAGACAAGUUAAUAAGGUGACCGCAUCACACAUCAGUAGCCGAAAGGCCCUGGCUUGAACCGCCGACAGUUGAGUCGCUCCUCGCCACGCCGCGUAGCGGAGCCGCAUCCUGGGUACGUUACGUCAACGAACAUCGUGAGUUCCACUCCAGAAGUGUGACAACCUGAGCUUGGGGCCGCAACAGAGAGCUUCUUGAAGCAGUUGGAGCACAGUGCCCAAGGCCCAUUGGCAGAAGGCAGGAAGACCGGACGGCGUGGGCAGAAUAACCCUGUCAGGAUGAAGCCGAGUGGAUUGUUGGUAGCGCUACUAAUAGCGCCGUUUUGGAGUGCGUCUGGAUCGGUGAACCACUAUCGUAAGCUCUGCAGAGUGGCUGCGUUGCCGUACUCGGACGUGGGCGGACCGCUGCUUUUGUCUCCAUUCAUCGCCGAGGGUCGGAUCUCAGAGGGCCAGGAGGCGGCGCGCGUCCCGCCGUUCGCUGGUAAUGUAGUCAGCUACGCCGGCUUCCUCACAGUCAACGAGACGUACAACUCGAAUCUCUUCUUUUGGUACUUUCCGGCAGAGAAGGCCAACGGCACGACACCGCUUGCUCUGUGGCUUCAGGGCGGACCGGGUGCCACUUCCCUCUUCGGUCUUUUCGAGGAGCACGGUCCGUACUACAUCGACAAGAAGGGUCAGGCGAGACUCCGUCACUACUCCUGGACAAGGAAGCUCUCCAUGCUCUACAUUGACAACCCUGUCGGGACUGGCUUCAGCUUUACAGAUGAUGACCGCGGCUACGUCACCAACCAAGAGCAGGUUGGGCAAGAUCUCUACUCGGCUCUAAUUCAGUUCUUCCAGUUAUUUCCCGAGUUGCAGAAGCAGGACUUCUAUGUAACAGGGGAGUCAUACGCGGGAAAGUAUGUGCCGGCCAUUGCCUAUACUAUCCACAAGCGGAACCCGACUGCCCCGCUCAAGAUCAACCUCAAGGGCCUGGCUAUCGGAAAUGGACUCUGCGACCCGGAGCACAUGCUCGGUCACUAUGGUGACUACCUCAACCAACUGGGGCUUCUAGACGAGAAGACUUUGGCCGAUUUCCGAGCGGCUCAGGAUCUAGGGAUCAAGUUCAUUCGGGAAGGGAAGUGGGGCGAUGCUUCUGCGGUAUUCGACAAGAUCAUCAAUGGAGACUUUGACUCCAACUCAAUGUUCUUGAACGCUUCCGGCUUUACAUUCUACUUCAACUACUUGCACGAGAAGCCCCCCCAUGAGGCCGACUUUUCGGCGUUCGUCCAGUCCGACGCAGCUAGGGAGGCUCUCCACGUGGGAAACGCCACUUUCCAUACCGACCAGAAAGUAGAGACCAUGCUCAAGGAUGACCUCAUGAAAUCGGUGCGGCCAUGGGUCGAGGAGCUUCUGGGCCAAUACCGGGUGCUCAUCUACAAUGGGCAGUUGGACAUUAUCGUGGCCUACCCGUUGACCGUGGGUUUCCUGCAGGCGCUCCAGUUCGACGCUGCGAGCGAGUACAAGAAAGCGCCGCGGCACAUUUGGCAUGUCGGUCCCCACAUCGCCGGCUACUGCAAGAGCGCCGGCAAUCUUACAGAGAUUCUCGUUCGCGAUGCCGGUCACAUGGUACCUGGUGACCAGCCGAUUUGGGCCCUCGAUAUGAUCACUCGAUUCACCAGAAACAAGGCUUUCCAUUCGUGAGCCAAAACCACCGUUCGGCCAAGCAGCCUCCAUUAGGACAACAGGAGGCAAAAGAGGAGCAGCAAGCUGGAGCUGGUGGCUUAACGUGAAAGCAUCAGCGCCACCUUAAUGACCGGCUUGUGGCUUCGGGUAACACCAUCAAACAGCACCUACCUUUCAUCGCCAAAAAGAAAGCUAAAAGGUUAAUUUUUCGUGUGGUAAAAUUAACGGCUUUCCUCCUUACGCCCAGACCAACGUAAACUUUGAGUAAUUUUCUGAAAAUACUCGGUCCGUGUUGAGAUAACAUUUUUGUUAGUGAGUGACUGUCUAGAAUGCGAGUUUUGAGGCAAAUUUGAGAAAAAUUAAGCUUCCGAGUCUAUCGAUCUUCCGAUCAUAAUGCUUAUGAGUCUUAAAUUUUAAAGUAUGGGUCUUCAAUUAAACUUAGGUUGAAAUUUUCGCACUUAAUUUUUCUUUCAAACAACCUCGUUUCAACAGUUUCCAUUAGAUGCCAUAUAUUUUAGUUUUACCGCGAAGACCUGACCUCAUUCCUCGCUGAAAGGUAUAUUUAGAUGGUGUUGGUCCAAGUCACACGUCUAUAUUAGAUGCCCAGUUCAACAAACUAUUUAUCUUACCAAGACUACUGAGACUGGGAUGAGUGCCCCUGACGGCUAAGAGCUUGAAGUUAAGUUACUUCUUCACGGUCCCUGAUGCCACUUCAUGGUGAAUGGCAUCACUGAAGCGGCACAUACAAUAAGAUAAUACGAUAGCGGCGCAAUAACAUGUUAAGACACUAUCAUAACCUUGUGUUUCGAUGGCCCGGUUGUGUAAGAAAUUUAUGGUGCUUUUGGUCUCGUGCUUUUGGUUACUUUUAGGGUCACAGAAUGCUCCAGAACUUUCAAUUUUAGCUACCAUUAAAGAUAUUGAUCAAUUGCUGAAAAAAUAAUGUGCCCGUUCCCUCGACGGCGACUUCUCUAGAAGAAGAGGAGCGGGGGCACAACUUUGUCUGAGAAGCCUUACGGGUGGGCGGGGGGGGUGUCAGCACAAUUUGGAGUUAAUUUAGUUCCUUGUUAAUAUUUUAAUUCAAUUUAGUGCUGCACAGCUACAGUGCCACGUGACUAUGACCUAUUGGUACAUUGCACAAUGGCAGUGAUGAGCUCUCUCUUUUCAUUUACAAAAACAAAGUUUUGCUAUGCCUCCAUUAAGGAUAUUUUUCUGGGGUUUCCAUCAAGAAAUCUGCUCCAUUAGACAUUCCUUGUCCGAAAUUAUUUUAUUUCAUGACAAAUUUUCCUUCAAUAUAUGUUAGGUUACCCUAUGUUUAACAAUGGCACGCAAACUGUAACAUGUUUUAUUAAUACAUAUUAUAUUUUGUUACUUUUCAGAAAUAAAUAUUUUGACUUAUUUCUUAUAACGUCCGAGGCA